CUCCCUCUCUCAAUCUCAAUCUCUGAUUCCUCCUCAAUCAUCCACACACACAAAAAAAUGCGCCGAAGCUUCUCUAUCAUAGCUCCAACCAAAUGGCUCAAACACUCAAUCAUCACCACUCCACCAACUCUCCUCCGCUCCCUCUCCUACUUCUCCCCUCACCACCACCCCCCCCCAGAUCCGGACGACCCAACCAACCUCCUCAAAGAAGACGGAGUCUCCCUCUGCUCCCACAUGUGGCUCCAAAACUUCAAAUCCCCACACAAAACCUCCUCCAACCUCACCUCCCUCCUCCGCCGCUUCGAGCUCUGGGUCCUCGCCUACCAGAAAGUCUCCUGCGACGAGCUCGGCGCCUACGUCCCCCGCAGCUCCAUCCACCGACCCGCUCUCGAGAAUCUCCUCUCCCUCCGAAACUCCGUCCUCGACGACCGCUUCAAGUGGGGCGCUCGCCUCGACUUCUACAUCAAAUCCCCCCGCGACAAAACCGACUACGAGUCUCUCUCCAAGCGCAAGAUCAAAGCCCUCUUAACCACCACCCAGCCUACUCCCUUCCAGGACCGGAUCGUCCAAGAAGUGUUGCUCAUGAUUCUCGAGCCGGUUUACGAGUCCCGGUUCUCGCAGAAGUCCUUCGCGUUUCGCCCCGGGAGGACGGCGCAUACGGUCUUGAGAGUGAUUCGUAGGAACUUCGCUGGCUACUUGUGGUAUCUCAAAGGAGACUUGAGUGUGGUUUUGGACGGGAUGAAAGUUGGGUUUGUGGUUAGUUCGUUGAUGAGAGAUGUUAGAGAUAAGAAAGUCAUCGACUUGAUUAAAUCCGCGUUGGUUACUCCCGUUGUUACAACGAGUAAGGUGGAAGGAGAUGAGAAGAAGAAGACUAAGAAGAGAAAGUAUCAGAAGAAACGCGUCUUGGCUGAUGAUGAGCCUAAGCCUGAUCCUUACUGGUUAGAGACUUUCUUCGGUUUCGCUCCUGAAGAAGCUAACAAGUCUCCUCAGUGGGGACAUUGUGGGAUACUGAGUCCUCUUCUUGUUAACGUAUGUCUCGACGAGCUUGACCGUUACAUGGAGGCGAAAGUUAAAGACUUUUACCGUCCUUCUAAGAGCGACGUUAUCUGGAACAGCCCCGAAGGUGAAGGUAGUGAUCAAGGGAACACUUCUUGGCCUGAGUUUGUGCCUACGAGCGGUCCUGAUAAGACGAGGAAAAUGGAUUACGUUAGGUACGGAGGGCAUAUACUGAUAGGUGUUCGUGGACCGAGAGCUGAUGCCGCGACGUUGAGGAAAGAGUUGAUUGAGUUUGUUGAUCAGAAGUAUAUGCUGAGGCUGGAUAAUGAGAAUCUCCCUAUAGAGCAUAUCACGAAAGGGAUAAUGUUUCUUGAUCAUGUUCUGUGUCGGCGUGUUGUGUAUCCGACUUUGAGGUAUACGGCGACUGGAGGGAAGAUCAUAAGCGAGAAAGGUGUCGGGACGCUUUUGUCAGUUACAGCGAGUUUGAAGCAGUGUAUUAAACAGUUUAGGAAGUUGAAUUUUAUAAAAGGAGAUCGUGAUCCUGAUCCUCAGCCUUGUUUCAGAAUGUUCCACGCUACUCAAGCUCACACCAACGCGCAGAUGAAUAAGUUUCUGACUACAGUUGCUGAGUGGUACCGGUUUGCUGAUAACCGGAAGAAGAUUGUGAACUUUUGCUCUUAUAUCGUCCGUGGCUCCCUCGCUAAGCUCUAUGCUGCGAAGUAUAAGCUUAGGUCACGUGCCAAAGUGUAUAAAGGAGCUUCCAGGAAUCUGAGUCGCCCCUUGAAGGAGAAGAAAGGUUUGUCUCCGGAGUAUAACAAUCUGUUGAGAAUGGGACUUGCUGAGUCUAUUGAUGGGCUUGUUUACACGAGAAUGUCUCUUGUUCCUGAGACUGAUUACUCGCCUUUUCCGGCUAACUGGAGGCCGGAGCACGAGAAGUUUCUGAUGGAGUACUUAAGGCUUGAUGAGCCGAAGACUUUGGAGGAGCAGAAGAGGUUUAUCAGAGAGAAUGGUCUGGUUUCGCCUCAGGACUACACGUCGAUGUUGGUGUGGAACUAUAAGAGAAAUGCUAUUCCCAUGGAUCAGGUUUCGAUUCUUAAGGAUCAACCUUUCUUGUUGGGGUCAUCAAGUAACUACAACCGUGACAAUGAUGAUGAUGAUGAUGAUGAUGAAGAGAAGAGUAAAGAAGAAGAUGACGAUGGGCUUCACAUUGCACGCAUAUAACUCAUUGCUCAAGACCUUUAGAAGGCUAUAGAGGCUACGAGCAUUGCUUCUACAGUGAUUACUCUGUAAGGAAUAAGAAUCAUCUGAGUCAAAAACUCGUUAUCUCUUGUAAACGGAGAUAUCCGAGGCGGGUCUCUUGUUUCGAAUCUAGUUUCGCAAAAUCUCGUCGCAUUCAGUGCAGAACUCAUAACGAAGAUUGCUGUUUUGUAAUCACGCACUCUAACGCUUGUCACAGCUUCCUUCAAGGUCACAGCAUUGUCUUUAUAAAUCAUGGCGCAGUCUUUGAUUAGCUUUCCGAGAACACUGCCUUUCCCGUAGUUCUUCUCCUCGAGAAUCUUGUCAGCCUUUGCUUCCAAUCUCCUCGACCUCAUCCCAGCGUUUUUCAUCGAGGCCGUGGCUAAUUCGCCCAGGCUUUGUGCGGUUUUGCUCCUUUGGUGCCCUUCUAGAGACUUUAUGCAGAAAUCGAGUCUGAGUUUCGGGUCUCUAGCUGCAGCUUUCUUGCAAGAAGUUUGAAUGAGAGAUUGUGUGUUUGCUGUGAAAAUGUUUAUGAGGAGAAAGAACAUAAUAACAAGGUUAAUCAAGAAUUUCAUUUUUUUUGUUUUCUUUACGAGAGAAGCAGAGGAUUGUAAUGAGAAGAAUCGAUUGUUGGAGAAAGUUUCGUGAUCCACUAUAA